GAGGCUCUCGCUGGGGCCGCGGAGAGGCCGGGCCCCUCGGACGCCGGCGGGACACGCGCGCCAGUUCAGGUUUCCUGUGGCUAAGCAAAGAAUUCGACACCAUGGAAAAUGAGGAAAAUGUGCUUCAGGAAGGCGAAGAGGAGGAGCUGAAAAUUUAUGGUUACAACUUUUGCCGAUGGAAGAUGGUUUUUGUGGCUGGAGGGGUGCUGUGCUCGGGUGGCCUCCUCCUCCUCCUCCUCUACUGGAUGCCUGAGUGGCGAGUGAAGGCAACCUGCCAGAGGGCUUCGCUGAGACGCUGCCAGGUGGUACUGCUGAGAACAACCGAUGAAUUCCAGAUAUGGUUCUGCGCAAAGGUCCGCACUGUGUUUUCCCUGGGGCACCAUCCAUUGGAGGCUCCAAAGCACCUGUCGUCGGAGAAGGUGGCCAAUGGUUCCAGCACUCCUUUGUGUGUCACUCCCUCUGAAGAGAAUGGCAUCUUGAACGGGUUCUCCCAGGCUCCGCAGCUUCAAGAGCUGCGCUAUUUCACCCACCACAGCGUGAAGUAUUUCUGGGAUGACGUGAUCCAGAACUUCAUUUCCAUAAAGGGUUUGGAUGAAUCCACUUCCUGCGCUUCAAUUCAUCAGGAGCACAGCACAGGAUUGACAAAGGAGAUGCAGGAUUACAGAAAGAUAUUCUACGGACUCAAUGAAAUUGCGGUCAAAGUGCCUUCCAUUUUUAAACUGUUGAUUAAAGAGGUAAGAGGUACCCUUUUGCUGUGGAAGGGGGUGGGGAACUGCUACUCUUGGCUGCCUGAGUCUCGAGAAAGAGUUACGGUGCGGGAACAACGAUCACUCAGCUCCUCUGUCUCACACUGCCUACGCGGGUUUCUGUGGGAAUCAGUUGACUUUAUCUCAAAAAGCAGAAAGGGUUGGGUUAUCAAUAAGAAAGUUCCAAAAUCUGUGUUACGGCAUAUCUUCAUUUGGCCAGCCUGUUCUUUAACCUGCUACGUAGUCUAAAAAUGUUCCUGCUUGUUAACCAGACUGCUUCAGUCUUCCAGCAACCUGGGAGCUGAGGAUGGAAAGAGCCCAGGCAGUGACAGGAUGACUGGGGGAGCAGGACUGGACCACCAUCCUGAAUGAGGCCUUUGCAGUCUGCUAUAGUGCCUAAUUCCUUUUUUGUUUGUUGUUAUUAUUGUUGGUCACAUAGU